GAAUUUAAUUUGUCCACUUGCGAAUAUAAUAUUGAAUAUGUGCUAAACUUCUUUUUGCCAAAUUUUUAGUUUUUGCUUUCAAAAUUUCAUACCUAUUUAAAAAUUCGGUUAAAUUAGGAUAAAGAAUUAAAUAUUUGUGUGUGCGUGUGUGAUUGUGAUGUCCAAUCCGAAUCUUCAAUUUCGCUCAAUCUCAAAACUAAAACAGUUUUCACUUUUGAUUUUAAAUUCAUCUUCUUCUACUUUGACAACUUGCCCAAAAUGUUUAGGCUUAUCAGUUAUAAGUGGAAAGCAUCACCUGAUAAGGAUACGGUGCUUAUCGACGACAUCCUUAUCCCGGGUGGAGUAUCGCCUCCCUUCGGAAAUAUAUGCAGAACGAGUCAGAUCCAAACAGAUUGACGAUGACAAAUACCAGGCGGAAGUUAUCAAGGCGUUCGAUAAGCUGCAAGGGGAGAUUUCCACGUAUAAACCACCUCCUAAAAGGACAGCCAUGGUUAAAAUGUUCCAGGGUAUUUUUGGAGGGAGCAGUUCUCAGGGAGGAGGAGGAGGUGUGGACAAAAGUGGGAAGAAAAGAAUACCAAGUGGUCUUUACAUCUGGGGAAGUGUUGGUGGAGGAAAAACAAUGCUGAUGGAUUUGUUCUUUGACGUGGCCCCUGUCAGAAGAAAAUUGAGGGUACAUUUUCACUCCUUCAUGUCCGAUGUCCACACGAGGAUUCAUCGCGUUAAACAGGCGACUGUUAGUAAUGUAGAUACUGGAACAAAACCGAAAGUUUACGAUCCAAUUCCACCCGUUGCAGAGGAAAUCGCAGAAACAACUUGGCUCCUUUGUUUCGACGAGUUUCAGGUAACAGACAUCGGAGACGCAAUGGUCCUUAAAAGAUUGUUCACCGAGCUAUUCAACCAUGGCGUCGUGGUUGUAGCUACGAGUAAUCGACCUCCGGAUGAUCUCUAUAAAAAUGGCCUGCAAAGGUCCAACUUUUUGCCAUUUAUCAAAAUUUUGAAAGAUCACUGCGACGUGAUCAGUCUAGAAUCUGGGAUUGAUUACAGGAGAAAGGGUGGGUCACAGAGUCACGCAUAUUUUAUCUCUGAAAAGUGUGACGCGGACGCCGAAAUGGAUAGUUUAUUCAAGUUCCUCUCCUCCAAAGAGAACGACACCGUUAGACCGAAAAUAUUGACGAUCAAAGGUCGCAACGUGACAUUUGAGAAAACAUGUGGUCAAGUUGUGGAUUGUACUUUUGACGAACUAUGUGACCGGCCUCUCGGUGCUAGCGAUUACCUUGCGAUGAGUCAAUAUUUUCAUACCGUGUUCAUUAGAAAUAUCCCUCAACUCAAUUUGAAGAAAAAGUCGCAGGCUCGACGUUUCAUCACGCUGAUUGAUACCCUCUACGAUAACCGAGUACGGGUCGUAAUUUCUUCACCAUUUGCGCACACACAUAUAUUUCGAAAUGACGAUGGCGACGAAGACCCUUCUCAUUCUGACGACCAGCGCAAACUCAUGGACGAUCUAGGCCUCAAAUUAAAUUCCGAGGAUGCAAAAGCCAGCAUUUUUACGGGCGAAGAGGAACAGUUUGCAUUUGAUAGGACAAUAUCACGCUUGUCAGAAAUGCAAAGGAAGGAAUAUUGGGAUUCUUGGGAGAAAACUAGAAGAUAAUCGAGUAGAGGUUAGGAUUUAAAAAUGUAAUACAAACCAAAGUUGAGUAAUCUACUUACAAACAAAUUGUUUAAGCCUGGUAACAAAUUAUUCAAGGUGCUAAUCUCUCUCUCAUUUAAAGCUCUAUUAGAAAAUGACACAUUAUGCGUAAUGCAAUGUACUAUUGAAACGAUAUAAUACAGAAAUAGUCAAUAAUUAGUCGGUUUCUAACCUGUAAAGAUUUUAUUGUUAAGAAUUCGAGCCUACAAAUCGGUAUUCAAGUUUUAUUUUGGGCCUUAAAUGAAACGUACUGCCUAAUAAUUUAGUUACAUUAGUUGUUACAUUUAUUGAGAAUUUUUUGCUUUAAUUAAUAAAACCGUUAACGAGCCUGGUGCUCUAAAUAGUAAUUUACGCAUA